ACCUGUGUUGUUUAGUUUGUUCACGACCAGCCGGCAUGGAGCACGUAUUUACGCUCAUCGCAAUCUCGUUGUUCCAACUAUGUGGAGCAGAAACGUCAAAAUCAGUACCAGGAUGGUACGCAGCGAAUCUUAUCAACGAAUCGAACUAUUCACCAAAACCAAUCACCGAGAUUUUCUCUACCGAAAGCCCACUCUCUUCAGAUAAACCAGUUGUGAUACUGCAAUCAACACAGUCGCCUAUAACCCAAGAUAUACUCACCACUCCCACAACGUGGAGUACUGGAAGUACAAGUUAUACACAAACACAGUUUCCACGGAUUUUGGGAGUAAAUGACGGCCAAAGAUUACUACAGUCAGGUAUUCCCUCCACUUUACCACCAACAACCUAUUCCACGCAAAUACCAAUAAAUAACAUACAGGAUGCAAUAGGAAACCGUGAUGUUUCCGGCCUAAUUGGAACAUUGGAACAGAUACUGCAGUCUCGCCAGGCUUCAUCAUUUGGACCAAGUCCAAUCCCAACAGUAGCUGUAACUCCUUCCACCAUACAAACUUGGUUGCCAACACAGUCGACUUUACCACCACAAUCAACAGAAUGGAAUACAUUGUCAACAGGAUCGUCUAUACCCUUCCACGGAGAAACGUUUAGUACAUCAUCACCAUACAUCCCUACACUACCUCCAAGGCCCAAAGCUGCGCCGAAUCCUCAGCUAAGGCCAUGUGAUCAAGCAAAUGAACCGCUGAGACCGCCAAAAUUAAAUUCUUCUACUCCCACGCUUUUAAUGCCACUUCCUAAACCAAUUCUUACGAUUCGUCUGAAAGCGCCAAAAGGUUCGAUAACGAAUUUACACAUUAACCCAAGUACAACGACAACGACAAAGAAGCCAUCAACAACACGAAGGAAGAGUACCAAGAGGAAGAGCGAUUACAACACAUGUUUAGACUCUUGUAAAGAUAAAAGAGAACCGAUUUGCUCUGGUCCACAAGGAAUAACUCCUGUCGAAUCAAAUACUUUAAAAGGCUUCCCGUCUUUAUGUCAUAUGGCGUGCCAUAAUUCUUUUAGAAAAGAAAUUACAUAUGAAAAAGUCGCUGACGGCCGUUGCGGAAAACUACGAACACGUAUACGCACGAUUGAGAAAAACAAGAUCAAGCGAGAAGAUUUGAAGAAGGCUCAAUACACUGUAUCGCACUCCGGUCCAGAGACAAUAGUCGAAUUUUCGUCAUUGAAGCGUUAAUCAUAAUACACAAGAGUAUAUUAUGAUUCAUAAGUUGGACAUUUCAGUCAAUUAUCACAAAAAGUGGAAGUAAAAAUCCCAAGGAUAUUAUACCUACAUGUGAAUAAUAAGAUGUUAUACAAAUGUCUAUUUCCUGAUUCAUUUUGGAACGUAACAUUCAGCUUUUUAUGUCUUCUGAGAGUUUUACCAAGGCCGUAAUGAUAAUUGCGAAGAGGUAUAUUAAUAUAGAAAUGUUCUUAUUUUUGGAUUUAUGUAACUUUCGUCAAAUUUAUUCAGCACGCUAACAACUACCCCAGGUCCAAUUUUAUUCGAUGGCUUAGUACAUUUUGGUCUGAUAUGAUGACAAUUUCCAACAGCUCCUACGCAUUGUGCAUACCUUACAGUGCUUAGUUCCAAAUACGGCUACGAAGCGUUGAUCAAGUUUGACAUUAAAAAAAUAUUGAAAAAUGUCGGUUAUCGAAUAUUGUAGUCUGCGGAAAGAGAACUGUCAAGGGAUUUGAGGUCGCUGCAGUGCUUCUUCUUUUAUAUUGACAACACUGUAUGUCAGUUUUGACAGUUAUCAUCUUGACACUUAAUAUGAAAUAAAAAGUAUAUUAAUUUUAAAUAUUUUAAUAAAUAAACUAAAUAACGCGUUGCAUAUGAGGAUUACAUUCGUUCACAGACCAAGUUUUCUUUCCGCAUACAUUACUAAAAGUACGAUUAGACAUUAAAAUAUAAGAAUUGGUUCUAAAUAUCCGUAAUGGUCAGCUUUCGAUAUUAGAUAUAUCGAAAGCUGACCAUUGCUGGUAACUUGCAAUAAUUUAAGUGUAAAUAGAUCAUAAUUUACAUAAAAAUUGUAAACAGUAUUUUCUAAAUAGUUAUAAUGGUAUUCAUACUUUUGAUUUAUAUUUUUGAUAACAAAUCAGAUAUAAACAAUAAGUAUAAUAUUUUAAGUGUCGGUUGAUACACAAUCCGUCCAUUAUUUUUAUGUUUGUAUAAAACGUUGAAAUAAAAAAUGAAAUCUUUUAUUACAUGUAUACCUACAAAAACCUAUUCAUUGAUUAAUCUCAGAGACCAAGACUUGUGAAGUCAGCAAAGUAAAAUUUCCAAAACUAUUCGUAGCUAU